AACUGGUUCGAUGUGGUUCAUAACAAAUCAAAAUGGAAGCAAGUGACUCGAUCAUGGAAAAUCUAAAUGAGGACCAAAGUCCUUCGUAUUGUCCCAUUUACGCUUUAGCUUCGCACUGUUCUCGUGUUCUUGAGAUAAUGAAUKUGCACCGGAAAGAAAGYYUAAAACUCUGCGACGUGGUCCUACGCAUCGGCGACGYUCACAUCCCUUCCCACCGAGCGGUACUAGCUUCUUGUAGCCCAUAUUUCUACGCCAUGUUCAACGGRGAACUCUCCGAGAGCAGACAAAAGGUUAUUACAAUGAAGGAUAUCGAUGCUGGAAUUAUGGAAGCCCUUGUUGAAUUUACUUACACGGGUAAAGUCGAGAUAUCAGUGGAGAAUGUUCAAGGGUUGCUUUCCACUGCUUCUUUGGUUCAAUUUCACGAAGUUCGCGACCUAUGYUGUCAAUUUCUCGAAUCCCAACUCGAUCCAUCGAACUGUUUAGGUAUCCGAAAAUUUACCGAAGCUUAUGGCUGUACGAAAUUUAUAGAAACCGUAGAUAAAUACGURCUAGAGAACUUUAAAAGUGUCAUGAAGUCCGAAGAGUACGCACUUUUACCCUCUGAACUCUUGACGAAAGUGAUUUCGAGUGACGAUUUGAAUGUGAUUCUAGAGGAAGAAGUUUACGAAGCCGUGAUGACUUGGAUUCGCCACGAUUUGAACAACAGAGUCAGUAAAUUACCCUCUCUAAUUCGCUUCGUUCGCAUGCCGUUGGUGUCGAAACAUUAUCUUCUAGAUCGAAUUGACAAUGACAGUUUGAUUCGCUCAAAUCUAACGUGUCGUGAUUUACUGGACGAAGCCAAAAAUUAUCACCUUCUUCCAGAACAGAGAGGACGAUUUCGCUCAGAUCGAAUGCGACCUAGAAAAUCAAUGAUGGGAACACUUUAUGCCGUCGGAGGCAAAGAAGCUGGAGAAACGAUAUCAAAUACUAUGGAAAGCUUCAGUCUUCAGUACAACAAGUGGCAAGUAUCUGCGUCCCUUAAUGUACCACGUCAACAACUUGGAGUAGGUAGCAUUGGGAACAGAAUAUAUGCCGUUGGWGGCUCAGAUGGCUUCACCAGACUCAGUUCUGUAGAGACUUAUAACCCAGAAACAAACAAAUGGACYUAUGUGAAGCCUCUGAAUACGAGUAGGUCAGGUGUGGGCCUGGGCGUGAUUGGAGAGACMCUUUAUGCACUGGGUGGCUAUGAUGGAAGGGCGUGUCUUAAGACUGUGGAAAGAUAUGACCCUCAAGUCGAUUCAUGGAGUUGUGUYGCACCAAUCAAUGUCACAAGAAGUUUUCCAGGUGUUGCUGAACUUGGAGGUCGUCUCUUUGUCAUAGGUGGUAACGAUGGAAUCUCAUUUCUUAACUCAGUGGAAUGCUAYGACCCAUUAAGUAACAAAUGGAUGAAUGUUCCUCCGAUAUUGCGUGCUCGUGCAGGCAUUGGUGCUGCAGCACUUGAUGGCAUGYUSUUUGCCAUUGGUGGUUUUGAUGGAAUCCAAAGACUUGAUGUUGUYGAGAUGUAUGAAUCACGCAUGAAUACAUGGACYGAGGUUUCACCUCUYAAAUCAUGCCGAGAUGGWGUAUGUGUUACAGCUUAUGGUUGCUGGAUUUAUGCAGUGGGUGGGAUUGAUGGACCUUCGUAYCUCAACACAGUAGAGGCUUAUGACCCUAAAACUGAUUCAUGGACYGAGAUGCCUCCRAUGUCCAGRUGUCGAGCUGCAGCUGGAGUUUCAAUAUUGCUMCCCCAGUGCUAGCAUUAUAUGCUACACUCCUKAAUUUCUAUUUUGUAUAUGUUUUGCACACUUUUUGAAAUUCUAAGGAUAUGGUAUGGUAAAUAUUGUGCUCUGGUCAUCUCAUGUUCUUUGAAUUUUGGUAUUUAGCUUCACAAAGAUAAAUYGUACCUCUUCAGCAACAGGAUUAUUGCUUCUAAUCAAUAAGACCUUUCAAAACAAUGAUUCCAGAGUUUCCUYGAUGCAAUGGAAUGUUACAUGCUCUAUGCAGAUACACUUCUGUCCAGAAGUUUUUUGUUUUAGAAGUGUAUAUAGUGAACAGGRCAAGAUGGAAACAAACUUUUCUUUUAAUGAGAUUUGCCUACAGCAGUCAAAGAAAAUAAGACUACAUCUGGCACUAGGCUAUGGUACCAACCAACUCCACCCUGAAUACAUGGUAGUAACAAUAGCAACCUUUAGCUCCGACGAUAAAUAUGAGAUUGGACRAGUUUUAAAAUCAUUCCUGUGUACGUGGUCAACUCUGAAUCUUAGUCAAUUUYUGAUUUUUUACAAUCUAAAAUUUCAGUCUACAUACACAAAUACAAAAUAAUAGUGCCAAUCGUACUCGAGCUAGCCUGUGUGCCUCCGAACGUUUACUCAUAAAGUCCGUCUGCCAAACAGCGCAGGAAAUCUUGUUCCUGAACCCUCUACUGCAUGCUUUACAACAGAAAAUUCCGGAUGCAGAGCAGGCUAUACUCGAGCCAAUAUGGUACUCGUKCGCAUGCUUAGGUCUCCAUUUUGGAAUCUGGGACAACUACUGAAACRGAAGAUUGGGAAAAGGAUGAGGAUUAAGGAUAUGAUAAUAAAAGAGCUUCAUUAGCUUGUCCUAUUAAUAAUUUGAGAGGAAGACAUCCAUUGUCCUCUAGUAUCAAAUUAYAUUGAACAGAUAUUUUGUAAAAUAUUAAUUGUAAAAACUAUUUUUUUCCAAUUGAGAAAAUAGGAGUAUUUAGGAAAUUCUAAAAAAAUAAAAAUUCUUAUUUCCUUCAACUUUCCUCGAGUAUUCAUUAUUUCUUUGCUAUAUUUGUCCACAUUUCAGCACCUAAAUUAUUACAUCAAAUGGCAAAUAGAUUUUACAUUUGCAACAAUUUGCCAAAAUAUUUGUUUGAAUCAACAAUUAUUUCUUUUACUAUCUUCAAGAMAUUUUUCUACAUGGAAAAAUUCAGGAAAGCUGACACCUUAACUAAGUUGUGACAUAGUUAAUAGAGGGGUUGUGAUGACUUAACUAAAUAUUAAAGCAUUAAUUUUGUUGUA